AUGGAUUUUGUCAAGACUUUAUUUUCCACCAACUUGUUGCUUUCCGGAGCAACGGCUGGUGUGGUGAUUCACCAGGUCAUUAGACGAGCCUUUAUUGACCUGUACCCGUUCACAACGACUGGUUCCGUUGCCGCUUCACAUUGGGUACUUCUGGGCGUUUUUUACCGUUAUGGCGAGUACAGUUUCUGGGAGGCCAAUCGACGAGCCUUGACGCUCGUGUGCUAUACGUUGGUCUCCCUUGCUGUCAAUAUAUUAGUAUACCGGGCAUUCUUCCACCGGCUCAGACAUUUUCCCGGUCCUUUCGGUGCUAGACUGUCAAAAUUCUGGGCAGUAUGGCAGACGGUCAAGUCAAAGGCCAGGUGGUAUCAAGUGACCCAGAAACUACACGAGGAGUAUGGCGACUACGUGAGAACAGGUCCUCGUGAGAUCACCAUCGGAGACCCAGCCGCUAUUCAGCUGGUUCAUGGACUGAAAGCCACGGUUAAGAAAGCCCCGUUCUACGCUGCAUUGACAGACUCGGUUCAUACAACAGACGAUCCAGUAUUUCACAAGGAGAGGCGGAAGAUUUGGGACGUUGCUAUGAAAGAAUCGCUCGCUGAUUACGGCCCCAUUGUGGAGGAAUUUACCAGCAUUUUACACCAACAGCUAGACAAAUCCCUUGGCCAGCCAGUAUCAGCCAAUGCCUUGACCAAACACUAUAGCUACGACGUCAUAAGCACACUAGGAUUUGGAAACUCUACUCGUUUCCUAGAAGGAGAGACAACCGACAUCGCGAAGAAGGUUUUUGGUGCCAUUGAGCGGGGCGUUAUAGCUAUCGGGUUACUUCUACACGUUCCUUAUUUGCUCACCAUCAUGGAGACCUUCACGUACAAGGGUCCCAUGGGUGAGUUUAAUAGGUGGGCAGCAAAUGAGGUUGACAGGAGAAAAAAGGUUGGUAAUCCAAGACCAGAUCUCCUGGGCCACCUUUUGAAGAACUCAACGGACGAUGCAGUCGGAAGACAAUUACUAGAUAAUGAGGCUCGUAUGAUCAUUGGAGCUGGAAGCGAUCCCGCUGCAUCGACACUUGCACUCUUGCUUAUCCUCCUUGCUGAGCGUCCUGAAUAUCAAUCGAAGCUUCGGACAGAAGUUACCAAUGCAUUCGAAAACAAUACAUACGCAUGUGGGAAGCAACUUCCUUUGCUAGAUGGCAUAAUUAACGAGUGUCUGCGUCUGUAUCCGUCGGUGAUCUUCCAGAACCAACGCUUAACUCCUCCCGAGGGGUUGACGAUUGGGAGUGUGUACAUUCCAGGUGACACGAUCGUCUGUCUCGGCCCAUACCAACAAGGACGCGAUAAGCGUAAUUUCGUCGACCCAGACGAGUUUAUCCCUGAGCGGUGGACCACACGCCCAGAGUUGAUCUUGAACCGUCAGGGAUUUUUCCCAUUUUCUUUAGGUUACUAUAACUGCGUAGGAAGGACUGUCGCGAUGAUGGAACUGCGUUCUGUGAUAGCCAGAACGGUCAAAGAUUACGAUAUAAGCUUCCCCAAAGGCUCGAAUUUUGACGGCAAAGAUUUUUACUCCCGCAUUGUAGACCAUUUCUCAUCCGGUGUACCACAGCAAAAUGUGGUUUUCACUAAGAGACAAAGUUAA